UGUGGCGGUGCUGAGGUCAGCCUUUCCUAUAUCACAAUGAAUCACUGCUUCCGGCAGUUAUCGCUUUCUCUUUUCGCACAUAUUUCCCCUUCAUCAAAAACCUAGCGCAUGAUCGUGAGUUGGGCAUUGCUAAGUUUCGGUAGACUUGAAAGUGAUCGUCACACUCGGAGACAGUCGAGAGAAGUUGGAGACUGUCGAGAGAAGUUCGUUAAUUACUGAGUACUGAGGUACUUCUGUGACCCUGAGGAGGUUUCAGUGUGGGAUUUGUAGGACGAUCACAUCUAGCUGGAAGCCAUUGGAGGGUGAAGUCCUGACGAGGGGUGACGAUCUCGAGGCGGCGACAAGGAACUCGGGUUUCACCCACUUCUGGCUUGCCUCGUGACCUGACCUCUGAGACAAGUUACCCUCCGACCACUCUCAGUUCCAGUUGAUUCUGCGAUCCGACAGCGGAGUAAGGGAGGAGACCACACAACCAUGCAGGCAUCACAUCUACUGGUUGUCAUCGGAAUCUUUGUCAACCUCAGCAGUCUGCUCAACGCCGAUAUGAUGGGUGAUGAGCCGCACAAACACCAGGGAGCCCACGCCAGUGUCACCUCCGUCAGCAGCGGCAACUACCACCGCGACUACAUCGUUCAGGAUGACGAGGACUUUGUCCCCUAUGGCUCAGGUUCCGGUUCUGGCAGUGGAGAAAAGCCAGAAGUAGAUCGUGAGGUGGAGGAGGAGGUGGAACCAGGACGUAAGCCUGAAGUGAAAGCAGACCCACCAGUGUUUAGACCGACUACAACAAGAAAGCCGCCAGUGGGAGGGGCAGACAACUGCAUCGCUAGCCGAACCUUGUUGUUGUGUUGCCUUGUACUGUUGAGACUGUUGGACACACUGAGAAAAUAGUUGGUGGCGCCAGUGCCGCUGAGUUUGUCUGCUGGACACAAAGAGGGGGGGAGGGGACAACUCACCGCCACUGUCACGAACGCUAAACUAUUUCAUCACUUAGUCCCAGUCCCCACCAUACCGGCCCUGCAGUGUUACAGUUACAGGUGUUACAGGUGGGCGCUCCAGUUACGGGAAAGCUGACUGGAGGAGGGAAUAGUGGGUGGGUAGGGGGUAGGGGGUGCAGUGUAUACAAACUUCUCAAGAUUUCCUUCUGACGGACUUAAGGGAGUUGUUGGGUGGGUAGGGGUCGUUGGUAAUGGAAACUCGUUCACACGAAGCAACCUCCCACAGUUUUGUCUUGGUGCCAGAGGGCGCCCAAACGCACUCCAGAUGAGAAAAUAGUCGAGGUGUGUUCGACAAGGGAACAGGGGCUCAGCGACACGAGUUUCACAAGCACCUAAGAUAACAGGUAUUCAGCGAGAAGUUCAGGGGUUACGCAACGCUGGGUCUCGGAGGGUUCGACUACCGAUUUCUAGCCCCCCUCUCCCUCCCUUUGUGUAAAUAGUGCCGACACUUUGUUAGUGGGGUGGGGGGGCGUGGAGCAGAAUAUUUGACUUGGCCAGGAAUAUGCAAUCUUCUGAGAUAAGAAACCGGCUUGCCGAACUUGUUAGAAAUGGCCAGCGAGCGACGAUGACAUCAGCUGUGGUGGGCGGAUUCAGUUGGAAACCACAUAAAAUGUUGCAGAUGUACACCACUCGCGAGUGGGAGGAACAAGCGAGUCUGUGGGAGGAGGGGGCGAGGUCGCAUCAGGGCAUUACUGUAGGGGCGAACCGCGUAGAUUGAAAUAAGUGUAGGAACCAAAUAUAACUUACCUUUUAAACCCUGAAUAAGUUAAUAAGGCCAAAGGUAAAAUAAUGGGAGGGGAGGUAGCAAGUUGUUCAUUCGAGAGAUGUGCAUGGGGAACAUAGACUUUCACCAGGUGAGCAAUUUCUUUGCCACACCUCACCUGUGCGUCUGACUCGAAUAACCAACACGAUGGGCGUGGCUUGAGGCACCUUCACAGUUUUUUUUUUCCUUCACUCGCAUCACCCAAGGGCAGCAGGAACUUUGUGAGACGGUUCGUGAGGCAGUGCUGUCCUCGCUAACGUUCAGCAGGAAGGAGGACAGUGACACGUGACUCUGCGCUUCCCGCCUCCUUCCCCAAGACCACCAGUAGCGCGAGGAGGAAAGUGCAAGGGUCAUCGUACGGAUCUCGGCAAAAGGGGCAAACAGUCACGCUUGACAGCAUCACAGCAUCACCUCAGUCAGCGCCAUCUUUAACAGCAGACAACUGAAGCACUCUGGGAAGGGAGGGAGGAUGUAAUGCGGACAACCUUCCACUGCAAAUGUGCCAGAAGUUUAAGAUGGCUGUGCCAUCCACCCACCUCCACACCCUAGGGUGGCUUGCCAGCGUGUCUGUGUGUGAUUACAAGUCUUAAGUCUCCACAAAAACGAAAAUCAUUUUAGAAACACGGUACUUUGAUGCGGGUCAUGUGACUCUUAAAGGAUUUUUUUUAAUGUGUUCCUUCAUAUACGGGAUUCUAUCUUUCGUCACAGUUGUACGGUCUGUGCCUCUAAUUAAAAUGUUCAGGCUGUUUGAGCCUCUGAUGAAGAAUGGCCUGCUUGAGGAUGUUGCUUUCACCAAAUGUUGCUUUUUCGGGAGAAUAACGGUAGCCACGAUGAAUGAAAGAACAAGUCUUAGAAACUUUUCGGUAGAUAUCCCGCAAUUAAUUUUUUUUUUAAAUUAGAAAAAAAUUGUUGUGAACCAAGACUCCUCGCCUUUGUAGUAGCGGCGUCCAUGUGGAAAGCCUGGGUUGCUGCCUGUAGAAGACCACAACCUUCCUGUCGACUUCGCGAAUGUGAAGAACUGAAGAGAGCACUAUAUGCAAGACUGGAAAUGUAGAAGAAAACAGUGACAGAACAAAACAAACACCACGUGUGAUGAGUGUAUUACUUAGCUCACUUACAAUUGUCAAUUUGUCUGCCUACUAUUAUCAUCAUGAUUAUUAUAAUUAUUAUUAUUUAGGUGUGCCGCCGAUUGUUGUGACAUCCGUGAAAAAAUGACUUGUUUUGUCCCUCGCGGACAUUUGCCCGCCAUUACUGGCUUUGUUCACUAUUUUAAUCCAUCCUGCAUUCACUUUUACUUACUACGUGCCGAGUUUCGAAUGAAUCCAUGCCUAUGAUGUGGUGUUUGUGUAAAUAUGUAUCAUCAACUGUAGAGUUAUUUCUUGUACAGUCUGAACGAUUUACCCAUUGGACAGGGCCUUGAUGUCAUGUUCCCGACCCCUGUAAGUAUUCCCGUCACGAUGAAGCUCGUUUCCAAACACAGAUGCUGCCCCACGCUUGAGGGUGGAGGUCAGGGAAGCCAUUAGGAGAGGCGGUGGGUGUCAACAUGGUGGCAUCGCUGUGUGGUCGAUGAUGGUGACGACUCGGCCAAGACCACCUGUCGUUAUUGAUGUGUGCAUUGUUCAGUAUGUUGAUGUGAAGAAGAUUGUUGAAUAUUGUGUUCACAACACUUGUGGUUACAUGUAAGCUGCACAGUCUCAAGCCAACUACUCACUAAAGUAUCUCUUGGUUUUUUUGUUUUGUUUUUUUUUGUAGGGUUGAUGAGCCUGCUAUGUACCUGAGCAGUAUAUAAGAUAAUAGUAAUCAUAAUAAUAUGUAGCACACUCGGCACAGCUCGUGAGAGACUGAGAAGAAAAGCGAAACAGCAUUUGCUGGAACUUCCAGUUUAAAAUAAAUCACUUCGGUUGUUUCCUCCACCCUCUCCCUUACCUUAUCAGCGAUUUCUUUCGAAGAUAUGAUAAAAGAUUGAGUAAACUUUCAACAACUUUUGACUUUCCACACAUGUUUAAACUGUUGGAUAUACUCAGAUUAAACGAGCGAAAGAUUGAACUAGUGUUGGAAAAAGAUGGGGGAGGAGACAUACUGAGGGAAGGAGGUGUGGAAACUAGAGGGAGGAAGGAUGCCUAGUUAAACCAGAGAACUCGGAGGCUAUCAUUCAGAGAUACAAGCCUUUGCUGACAGAAGUAGGAGGGAACACGAAACAUACUUAGACACUGGGACUUCAUUCGUCCUUGUCCACAACUCACUUUAUAGCAACACAACAGCGACGAUGAAAGAGGUUAAAUAACUUUCCACAUUCACAGUCUCGGAUGCUUAUCAAAAGGUUAAUUAAUUGCCAGUGAAUCUCAUCCCCGCCCUACAGUCUUAGGCAAGACUCGUGCGUGAAGGACUCGGCAAAUCUUUGAUAAAGACAACCCACUCUUCUAACCGUCUCCUUGUAGUCGUCUGCUCCAGGUAGACUUUAUAUCAAAGUGUUUUCCUCCCUCCUGCAGCUGAGCAACUUCUGGCACUGUGUCAAAGAUGUAUUGGCUUUGUCUGCCUGUUGCUUCAUCACCAACCUCAUUAAGUCUGGGAGCGCAGGGUUUUUUUCUUGGCACGUGAAAGUAUGAAAUAUUAUCUGCUACAAAGUCCUUCAGGCUGCCUUCCUGGGUAAACUCCAGAACCAGAGGCUGCUCCAUUCUCUUGAAACACAGACUAUGGUUACCCGUGGAAAUCCCGAAAAAUAAACUUGAGUUAGUUCUUUGUUUUUCGCCCAGUAAUGAGCUGUAGGUAUGUAUGGGGCUCGUCUUCCUCCCAAUCCGUCUCACCACAAACAACACCUCCUGGCGGCAGAAACUGAUGGUGAACAUCCUCAUGCGAUUUUGAUAAUUAACGAGUAACAGUUGCAGAAAUAGAAGAUCUUCUGACGAGUAAAAGGUCAAUGAAGACUUGAGAAGAGUGCGGAAUCUCAUAAAUCUUUUAAGACUUUUCAGGUACAUGUAACAUCAAAGUGGGAUUUUUUGAAUCACGUGGUUUUUUUCGGCCAAAUUUUUCUCUCUUCGACACUUGAGACAGAAUACCUUUCAAUCAAAGCACGCUUUUGUGCACCAGCAGUCCAUCAGACACAGGGUCAGUGAGUGCUGAUAGUUUGAAUCCUGACCGUGGUGAUGUUCCAGAAACAAUAUCUUUUUGUUUUUGGUUCAUUUGAAAUGUUAGGUAUCAGUCGUGCACUUUAAUGUAUGGGACUGUAGAACGUGCACUUGUGAUGACCAGAGGACUCCAUUCAAUGCACCCUGAAGUUUGAUUCUCCUGUGUACAUAUGUCACUUUUCAUAUGUCUUGAUAUUGUGCAUCGCCAUGUACUUGUUCUUGCCGCAGCGUGCACACGCACUGGUUUCCACGUGACUUCUCUCAUUUCUCUCUCUCUCUCACACCAUACAGAUGGUCCCAUGUCUUUUUCUCGACAGAUUACUGAAAAUUGUAGAUAGGUUUAAACUGUUGUGCUGAGAGGACAUGCAUGAUGUUCUUGUGAGUGUUUGCAGACAUCUUGUGUGUACUUUAUGUUGGUACAAACAUCUGUGUAGUCGACAUCGGUAUAAACAUCUCUGUAGUCUACAUCAGUACAAACAUCUGUGUAGUCUACAUAGAUACAACCAGACUUGUAGCCCAUCCUGAGCUCUUGUUGUGUUUUAGUCAUCUCUUUACCUGCAUGAUGGUGUCAUUACAGAAAUGCCAUUUUGUUUUAGUGUAUGUUAGUGUGAUCGACUUCAAAUGAUGCGUUAAUAGAAAUGUGUUUACUUGAUGCGGCACGUUCUUGUCGCGCGCAUGUGCGUGUAUUUGUGUGUUUGUGUAUCAGAGAGAGAAUCUUUUGUACCUCACGGUUUGCCUCACUGACAGCGAAAUUUUGUUCAUUGGUUGAGCGGAAAUAACAAACUCGACAAGUUUCGGCGUAUCCACGUGCGUUUCACGGUCAGCGUAGAGUUUAUGUCAAGAUUUAAUUUUUCCCUUUUAACUCGGACCUCGGUAAUUUCAUGUCAUUUUGCUCUUGACUGUCGUAGUCUUCACAGCCUGGACGAAAGCUAGAAAUGCUCAAGCUAGGGAACCCCUUGCGAGAAGAUCAGGUCUUUGAAAUAAGACCGGAUGCCACAAAGUAGUCCUAGCUAUGGUUGCCAAGAUAGCCUGUGGUUCCUGACACCUUGAUUAUUGGGGAGGGGGAUACUAAUGCCAGUGUCUUCGAUGGAAAUGUGUUCAAAGACCUUGGCACCUAAGUACCCGAGACAUUCAAAAUAUUUAAUGUCCAAAACUAGCGGAAGACAGACACAAGGCCACCAAGGGACUUUGCGAUCGUUUUGUGAUGUUUGGUCUCUGUCUUCUUGUUCCAUGCUAGGGUUAGUGGUUUCUGGGUCUUUGGUCAUGCAUAGAACAGUGUUGCUUGGAGUCUGUCUAGUUCUUGCUGCUGUUCCCUUGCAUCUUUGAGUAUCUUAGAGACGUACACGCAUGAUGUAUUAUUGUAAUGUUUGGAAGUCAGAGUUUUAUGUUCGUUGUGUGAUGUAAAAACUGUACAUACAUGAGACUCGGCUUGUGAUCUUGAUUAUUAUUUUUUCCCGACACUUUCAUCCAUUCAUUGUAAACAUAAACAUGAAGGGUUGCGAAUGGUGGUGUGAAUGCGUGAGUGUCAUGUGUCUGUAAGCUGUAGUUGACUAGUAGUGGCCAGAAAAUGUACUUUUUAUGCUUGAUUUUAAUUUUGUUUUAAAUUUCUUCAUGCUUAGCACUGUUUUAGGAUGUUCUAAGAAUGUGACUGGAGACACCCACCGUUAGUUGUUCGCAACUGUGGUAGGAUGAGCCUCCAGUCUUGUCCCCCACAUUUUUAAAUAUAACAUUUUAUUAUUUCGUUGGUGACAUUGAACAUUAGACAUCAUGCCCGUUAUACGUGUUGAUUUCGGUUAGAAGAGAGAAGUUUAAACAUUGUCAUCUGUGUUGAUGAUUGUUGAUCACAUCUUGCCCCAGACGACCAGCUAAUGUUGAUUCUGAUGAGGGGUCAACCGCUGCUGAGGUGGGUAGGUAAGUGUUGUCAUCAUAGACAUGACAGUGUGUGUGUCCGGCAGCUGGUGUUGACCACUCACCAUGGCUAGCUACCCUUGUCUCUCGUGCUUCGCAGUUUUCACACCCGAUGGGACCUGUAGACUAGUAGGCAGUUCCACGUUUUCACAACACAACUCUUCAUAGUGUUUACCAGUGUACAGUGUUUAUUUUAAACCACUAGGACUGACUGACCUGUUGGCAGUCCAGGUACUUAAUGUUCACAUUGUGACACCGACAUUGUCAGUAUAGGAUCGGAUGCUGUGCUCUUUGACCCUUCAAACCGAACACCCGGGUAGCGUGCUAGAAUACCGCAAACAAUUCUAUGCAUGCAACAGUCCGACUCGCCUGUCAGGGUAGUUAAUACAAACCGUGUAAUUAAUGUAUAAUUUUGAAAGUUUCUGUUGUAUCUUUUCCGUUACAAAUUGUGUGGUAUUCUUCGUACAUUAACUUGCCAUUGAUUUAUUGAAUUCAGAACUGACAGCAUUGCCUUUAACCCAGUUAAAAAAGUGGUUCAUUGUCUUUUGUAUCUGAUAUGCUAGCCUUAUCAUUCACGUUCAUCAGGUGAUUAUUCUCUGUGUACUGUGUUUCGCCUAGGUGUAUAAAAUGUCAGCGUUUACAGAUUCUUUCCUUUGUGUACGCCGCUACUGUCACUUUGCAUCAUUGGAAUAAAAUGAAUAUUAUGCAAACCA